AACGAAAAAGAAGAAAAAAACAAAAAAAUAAAAAAAUAAAAAAUAAAUAAAUAAAUAAAAGAAGAAGACAGCAUGAAAACAUUACUUCUUCUCUCUCACACACGCAAAAUUACACUCAAAUACAGCUUCUUCUUUCUGUCUCUCACUCUCUGAGAUUCACAUAUAAUAUAUUUGAAGCCAAAUGCUCACCCCCCUCUUCAGCUUUCACUGGCAUUAAUCUUCUCCUUCUCUGGAAGUAGAAGAAGAAGAAGCCACAAAAAAAAAAACAAAGGAAAAAAAAAAAGGCACACACACUCACACAUAAUGCUUCGCUUUCUCUUCUUCUUCCUCUUCUUCCUCUCUCCAUCUCCAACUCUGGGUCUGAACCAGGAAGGUCUUUACCUUCUCAGUGUCAAGCAUUCUUUAGACGACCCUGGCUCUGCUCUUUCCAACUGGAACGACCGCCAUGAAAACCCCUGUUCUUGGUUUGGCAUUUCCUGCGAUUCCUCUCUCUCUGUCUACUCCGUCGACCUCUCCAACACCAACAUCGCUGGAACUUUCCCUUCCCUCCUCUGUAACCUCCCAAACAUCACUUUUAUCUCCCUCUACAACAACUCAAUCAACUCCACUCUCCCUUCCGACAUCUCCAUUUGUAAAAAUCUUCAACACCUCGACCUCGCUCAGAAUCUUCUCACCGGUGCUCUGCCUCCCACCUUUGCAGACCUCUCCGAGCUCCGGUAUUUGGAUUUGACCGGUAACAAUUUCUCCGGCGAUAUACCGCAGACUUUUGGUCGGUUUCAGAAGCUCGAGGUUCUUUCCCUUGUUUACAAUCUCUUAGACGGUGCGAUACCUCCAUUUCUUGGAAACAUUAGUACCCUCAAAAUGCUUAACCUUUCUUACAACCCCUUCACGCCGGGAAAGAUACCGCCGGAGCUGGGUAAUUUAACGGGUCUAGAGGUGUUGUGGUUGACGGACUGUAACUUGGUGGGUGAGAUUCCUGACUCGCUGGGUCGACUCAAGAGUCUGAAAGAUUUGGACUUGGCUAUUAACAAUUUGCACGGUCCGAUCCCGAGCUCGCUCGUUGAGUUGAGCAGCGUUGUGCAAAUUGAGCUGUAUAACAAUUCGUUGUCCGGCGAAUUGCCUAGAGGAAUGUCGAACCUGACCGCAUUGCGUCUGCUCGAUGUGUCGAUGAACCAGUUGAGCGGGACGAUUCCGGAAGAGCUGUGUUCUUUGCAGCUCGAGAGCCUCAACCUCUACGAGAACCGGUUCGAAGGGAGCUUGCCGGCCAGCAUAGCGAACUCGCCCGGUCUGUACGAGCUCAGGCUGUUCGGGAAUAGACUUUCGGGCGAUUUGCCCAGAAAUCUCGGCAAAAAUUCUCCGUUACAGUGGGUCGACGUCUCAAACAACUUGUUUUCCGGUGGGAUUCCGGCGACCCUGUGCGAGAAGGGAGCCUUAGAGGAGCUUCUUAUGAUAUACAACUCUUUCACCGGCGAAAUUCCGGCGAGUCUGGGAGAGUGUAACAGUUUGACCAGAGUACGGCUGGGUCACAACAAGUUGUCAGGCGAAGUUCCGGCGGGUCUAUGGGGACUCCCUCAUGUGUAUUUGCUUGAGCUCGCAGAGAACUACUUCUCUGGGCAAAUAGCGAAGACCAUCGCCGGAGCAGCAAAUCUCUCGCUUUUGAUGAUCACAAAGAACAACUUCACGGGUGCCAUACCGGAGGAGAUCGGGUGGGUCGAAAGUCUCGUUGAACUCUCGGGCAGUAACAACAGGCUUAGUGGAUCUUUGCCACAGAGUAUUGUGAAUCUCCGACAGCUGGAUACUCUGGAUCUUCACAAUAAUGAGCUCUCUGGUGAGCUACCAAGUGGGGUUGAAUCUUGGAAGAAGCUCAACGAGCUCAAUCUGGCAAAUAACGACAUUUCAGGGAAGAUCCCAGAUGAAAUUGGUAAAUUGUCUGUUCUUAAUUAUCUUGAUCUUUCAGGGAAUAGGUUUUCUGGAAAAGUCCCAUUUGGGUUGCAAAAUCUGAAGCUCAAUCUUCUCAAUUUGUCUGACAACCAUCUUUCGGGUGAUCUUCCUCCUCUCUUCGCUAAGGAAAUGUAUAAGAAUAGCUUCCUGGGCAAUCGAGGCCUUUGUGGAAGUUUGGAAGGUUUGUGUGAUAACAGAGCUGAAGCUAAAAGCCAGGGCUACAUAUGGCUUCUUCGAUGCAUUUUCAUACUCGCUGGCUUAGUUUUCACUGUGGGCGUCGUUUGGUUUUACUUGAAGUACAGGAAUUUCAAGAAGGCGAAGAGAGCUAUAGACAAGUCCAAAUGGACUUUGAUGUCGUUCCACAAACUGGGUUUCAGUGAAUACGAGAUUCUGGAUUGUCUUGAUGAAGAUAAUGUGAUUGGCAGUGGAGCUUCCGGGAAAGUCUACAAGGUUGUGCUAAGCAAUGGGGAGGCUGUAGCCGUGAAAAAACUCUGGGGAGGAAUAAAAAAGGAGCUUGAUAGUGGAGAUGUUGAAAAGGGUCGUGUUGUUGAGGACGAUGGUUUCGAAGCUGAGGUUGAUACUUUGGGGAAGAUCAGACACAAAAACAUUGUGAAGCUAUGGUGCUGUUGCACUACUAGGGACUGCAAGCUCUUGGUUUAUGAAUACAUGCCCAAUGGAAGUCUGGGUAAUUUGCUUCAUAGCAGUAAAGGGGGCUUGUUGGACUGGCCAACAAGGUAUAAGAUUGCCUUAGAUGCAGCAGAGGGGCUCUCUUAUCUGCACCAUGAUUGUGUUCCUCCAAUUGUCCAUAGAGAUGUGAAAUCAAACAAUAUCUUGUUGGAUGGGGAUUUCGGAGCUCGAGUGGCGGAUUUUGGUGUUGCUAAGGUGGUCGAUGCAGCUGGAAAGGGGCCUAAGUCGAUGUCUGCCAUUGCAGGCUCUUGUGGUUACAUUGCCCCAGAAUAUGCAUACACGCUUAGAGUUAACGAGAAGAGUGACAUAUACAGUUUUGGUGUGGUGAUCCUUGAGUUGGUAACUGGAAGACUUCCAAUUGAUCCAGAGUUUGGAGAAAAGGACUUGGUGAAGUGGGUGUGUACCACUUUGGAUCAGAAAGGAGUGGACCAUGUGGUUGACUCUAAACUGGAUCCUUGUCACAAGGAAGAGAUAUGCAAGGUCCUCAAUGUAGGUCUUCUCUGCACCAGCCCUCUACCAAUCAACCGCCCAUCCAUGAGAAGGGUGGUGAAAAUGUUGCAAGAAGUGGGCACAGAGAUUCACCCAAGGAUUGCUUCAAAAGAUGGCAAAUUGUCACCCUAUUACUAUGAAGACGCUUCAGAUCAGGGAAGUGUAGCUUGAGGAUUUCAUUCAAGUCCGCUGCCAAAAGUAAAAAAAAUGGACCUGGAGGAAAGUUACAAAGUUUUUGUUUUUGUUUUUGUUUUUUUGUUUUUUUGUUUUUUUUUUAAACUUGAUUUUUAGGUUCUUAAGCUAUAAUUCCCAAAUAUUGUUAUUCUCAACUCACUUCUGGUUUGCUGUUAAAGUGGGGGAGAAGAUAAAGAAAAAGGGUUGAUAUUCCACACUGUAAAUUAACCAUAAAAGUUUUCCUCUAUUCAAGUAUUGAGUAGCUGCCCUGCAUUAACACUGUUGUGUUGUUGGAAACAUGGAGUGAUUUACACACUGUUAAAGUGAUUGUGACACUGCGGUAAACUAGUGAGAAAUUGGAAUUGUGGUAUUUAUGAGCCAACA